AAGCCAUGUGGCUGUACCUGGCAGUCCUGGUGGGCCUGUACUACCUCCUGCGCUGGUACCGGGAGAGGCAGGUGGUGAGCCACCUCCGAGACAAGUACGUCUUCAUCACGGGCUGUGACUCGGGAUUCGGAAACCAGCUGGCCAGGCAGCUGGACCUGCGAGGCUUGAGGGUGCUGGCCGCGUGUCUGACAGAAAAGGGUGCCGAGCAGCUGAGGGACCAGACGUCAGACAGGUUGGAGACGGUGAUCCUGGAUGUCACCAAGACAGAGAGCAUUGCUGCAGCCACCCAGUGGGUGAAGGAGCACACGGGGGACAGAGGACUGUGGGGCCUGGUGAAUAACGCUGGCAUCUUCAUGCCCACGGCACCCAACGAGUGGCUGACCAAACAGGACUUCAUGAAGAUUCUCAACGUGAACCUACUGGGGAUGAUCGAGGUGACCCUGAGCCUGCUGCCGCUAGUGAGGAGGGCACGGGGCCGCGUGGUCAACGUCUCCAGCGUCUUGGGCCGGGUGUCCUUUCUUGGUGGGGGCUACUGCAUCUCCAAGUAUGGCGUCGAGGCAUUCUCAGACUCCCUCAGGAGGGAGCUCUCCCACUUUGGGGUGAAGGUGGCUAUUAUCGAGCCUGGUUCCUUCAUGACACCCAUGACGAUGAAUGAGAGGAUUUCUCAGGGCUUCCAGGAGGCAUGGGAUCGAGCCAGCCCAGAUGUCAAGGAGAUCUAUGGAGAGAAGUUCCCGGCAUCCCUCACCAAAUCAAUUGAAAUUUUGAAGCCAAAGUGGCCUCAGAAUGUGUCGUUGGUGACGGACUGCAUGGAACAUGCCCUGACCUCUUGCCACCCCCGCACCCGAUACUCAGCUGGCUGGGACACCAAGCUCUUCUACCUCCCAAUGAGCUACAUGCCUUCCCUCCUGGUGGACCUCAUGAUCUACUGGAGCUCCCCAAGGCCCGCCAAGGCCCUGUAGCCGAAGAUUGGGGUGCAUGGAUGGAAAUGACCUGGAGAAGGUGAAGGCCCCUCUCCCCUGAAGAUAUCUGUGGACAG